AUACAUCCGGUAGGAUUUCUUGCUCCUUGCUUAUUUGUGCAUGUAAUGUAUUAGAGCUCCAUUUUAUAAUUAGUAUCGUUGUUAUGUUCACGGAGAUAACUGCAUGAUGAAUCCCCUGACCAAGGUGAAGCUGAUUAAUGAGCUUAAUGAGAGAGAGGCCUCACUUGGGGUGAAGGAAACCGUGUCAUGGCAUUCAGAGUAUAAGGACAGUGCCUGGAUCUUCAUUGGUGGGUUUCCCUAUGAGCUGACAGAAGGUGACAUAGUCUGUGUCUUUUCUCAAUAUGGAGAGAUAGCCAACAUAAACCUGGUCCGUGAUAAGAAGACCGGUAAAUCCAAAGGCUUCUGCUUUAUCUGCUACGAGGACCAGAGGAGCACCAUCCUGGCUGUGGAUAACUUAAAUGGGAUAAAGAUAAAGGGACGGACCAUCCGAGUGGACCAUGUGCUUAACUACCGGCCUCCCAAAGACAAUGAGGACAUGGACGAUGUCACCAAGCGUCUGAGGGAGGAGGGCUGUGCCCCAAAACUACCUGACCCUUCAUCCUCUGAGUCUGAAGAAGAGGAGCAAUACGCUGUGCCUGUUAAGAAGCCCAAGAAAGACAAGAAAGAGAAGAAAAAGAAGAAGAAGAAGGAGAAAAAGGCUCUGAAGGCUGAGAAGCAGCAGAGGGAGAUGCUUGCCCAGACUCCCCCUGGUUCCUCUGGACCUAGCCCAGCACUGAGGGUGAAGCAGGAGAAGGAUGACCUGAGCUAUGACAAGUACAGCCAGCGGGGGGUGCCAGAGGAGCGUCUGGGGGCCAGCACGGAGAGGCCAGGGCACCACAGUGAUACCUACAGGCUGGAGGGUGGAGUGUAUCAAAAACACCAUGGAGACCAAAGGGAUAGGGAAAAGUUCAGGGAGGAUGGGAACAGGAGAGAUGGACUGCAGCUGGAUAGAGAUGACAGAACAAAUGACAAAGGAAAAGAGAAGGAAAAUGAGAGGAAUAGAGAGCCAGACUGGUCCAGUGAUAGAAAUAAGGACAGAGAGAGAGACAGGCCCAGUGAUAAAGACAAGGACAGAGAGAGAGACAGGUCUAGUGAUAGAAAUAAGGACAGAGAGAGAGACCGGUCCAGUGAUAGAAAUAAGGACAGGGAGAGAGACAGGUCCAAUGUUAGAAAUAAGGACAGGGAGAGAGACAGGUCUAGUGAUAGAAAUAAGGACAGAGAGCGAGAAAGGUCCAGUGAGAGAAAUAAGGACAGAGAGAGAGACAGGUCCAGUGAUAAAGACCGAGGGAGGGACCGGCCCAGUAAGUACAGAGAACACAGGAGAAAGUAGUGCCUCGAUUGAACUGAGCUAUGAAAUGUCACUCCCACAUUUGAAGAAUCUGCAAGGAACUGUGACUACAGAAAUGGAACUAACAUUCUUGAUUUUUAUUAUUAGGGCUAUUGAUUCCAUAUUAUCUGUAAUGGAAACAGUGAUAUGGAGACUGGUCUGUAUAGUGGAGGAUCCCUUGAGCCAACCUUGUUGUUGUUUCCACAACAAUGUCUUAGUAACAUCCACAACAGAAUAAAAUUGUGAAUAACUUCACACAAAACACUGUA